AGAUGAAGCAACAUCGUCUUCUUACUUUGCCUCACAGAGAGAAAAAGUGGGCGAGUGAUAGAAUGAAGGCAAGGAAGGUGGUACUAUUCCCCACUCCCGGCGCCGGCCAUCUCGUCGCCAUGGUCGAGCUUGCCAAGCAGAUUCUCCACCAUUCCGGCCACACCCUCUCCAUUACCAUCCUCCAGAUCCACCCCCCUUCCACCUCGCCGCUCAACUCCUCCAAUACCUCCACCCACGUUCAGGCCGUCGCCGCCUCCGGUCUCGACAUCAACUUCGUGGAUCUCCCACCCUCCGAUUACGACCCAGAAGGUGAGGGCCUGAUGCAGACCCUAAGCUACAUAGAGUCACAGAAGCCUGCCCUUUCGAGGACUCUAACAUCCAUUUCCGCCGUAACCACCGUUUCCGCCAUUGUCCUAGACAUGUUCUGCAUCGGCGUGGCCGGCGUUCCCGCCGAGCUGGGCAUCCCCACUUACGUCCUCUACACCUCCGGCGCCGCCAUGCUGGCCACAUUUCUUUACUUGCCAACGCUGGACAUGAAAUAUGACCGUGAUUUCAGAGAAUUGAAGGAGUUGAUCCACAUACCCGGCCGGUCUCCGGUUCCUGCUUCGGCCAUGCCGAUUCCUCUUCAGGAGAAGAAAUCCCCGAGCUACCAAUGGUUUAUUAGGGCCGCAGAGCUGUACUCGAAGCUGGACGGGUUACUUGUGAACACCUUCGAAGGUCUGCAGCCCACACCCAUCAAAGCUUUAACGGAUGGGCUAUGCACGCCAGGGAGCAGAACCCCUCCCAUUUACCCCGUGGGACCCUUGCUCGGCUUGCGACCCGAGUCGCCGGAGCACGAUUGCAUCAAGUGGCUCGAUCGGCAGCCGCACGCGUCGGUGGUGUUCAUGUGCUUCGGCAGCAUGGGAGCAUUCUCGCCGGAGCAGAUCGCCGAGAUCGCGGACGGGCUAGAGCGCAGCGGGCAAAGGUUCCUGUGGUCGAUUCGCAUUCGGCCCAGUGGCGCCUCGCAGUUCUCGGAGCCCGAGGACGUGGACCCGAGGGAGGUGCUGCCUGAGGGCUUCUUGGAACGAACCAAGGAGAAGGGACUAGUGUGGCCGAGGUGGGCGCCGCAAGUCGGGAUCCUGUCGCACCCGGCUGUCGGUGGUUUCGUGUCGCACUGCGGGUGGAACUCGACGCUGGAGAGCGUGUGGUUCGGCGUGCCGAUGAUCUCGUGGCCGCUCUACGCCGAGCAGAGCAUGAACGCCUACGAGCUGGUGAAUGACUUGGGGCUGAGCUUGGGAGUACUCAUGAAAGAAGAAGGUGGUGGGCUGGUGAAGGGCGAAGAACUGGACAAGGCAGUGAGAAGCUUGAUGGAAGGUCAGGAAGGGAAGAAGGUGAGGGAGAAGAUGAAGGAGGCGAAGAACAUGGCAAGAAAGGCAGUGGAAGAAGGAGGCUCGUCGUAUUCGGCUUUGGCUUCGUUGGUUCAGAAAUGGACCAAAGGCCAUUGAGAUAGGCCUUCAUUGGGCUAAGCCUCUGCUCUGCCACAUGCAGGUGUCACGUUAGUUACGAAGAUAUUAUUAGGAUUAUGAGACAAUUUGUAUCUUUCAUAAUUUGAGUUUUUGACAUUCAAAACAUUUUCAGACUACAUGACAAAAGGCCCGUUUUGCCUGUUCUCAUGAUAGAUGUCAUAAUCCCUUUCGUCCUUGUGCGUUCUUAAAAUUCAUAGAUAGUAGUCUUGCUUUUUGUGAGUUCUUAAAAUUCAUAGAUAGUAGUCUUGCUUUUCGGGCAAGGGAGAGGUUCAUACCUACUACUGUUUGGAGCAAGGUCCUAAGGCCCUUCAUUUCCCCUCCCUCUAGGGUUUUGAACUACAUUGGCGUCCAAUAGUAGUGGAGAAUCUUUCAACUUGGAUAACGUGAUCUACUAUCUUAAAACACAAAUGCAUAAUGUCUAUGAAAAUCAAAUAGAUAUGCCUUUUCACAGGCACCUAGCCCAA